AACGUACAUUUGAUAUCAUUUAUUCACAUUCACUCACCAAAUUCUUCUUGAUCAAUAUUUGAUAUUGAUUAAUGCUUAUUCAUCCUCCUCCUCCUAAUUAUUCAUCAUCAACAUCUACAAUGGUUGCUUCUCCUUUUCAUGGCUGUGUUGAAAAAAAACAUUGGUGGCUCACCAACAAAAAGAUGGUUGACAAAUACAUAAAAGACGCAAGGACUUUAAUCUCAUCACAUCAACAACAACAAGGAAACGAUAUCGCAACAGCAAUAAAUUUAUUGGAUGCAGCAUUAACACUAUCGCCCAAAUGUGAACAGGCGUUAGAAUUAAAAGCGCGAUCUCUUUUAUACAUAAGAAGAUAUAAAGACGUGGCUGAUAUGUUACAAGAUUAUAUUCCUAGUCUUAAAAUGUCGUCAAAUUCUUCUUCAACUGAUGACUAUUCCUCCACCUCUUCACUUUCUUCUGACGGAAACUCUUCCCAACCGCUCACUAAAGAACGUGUUAAGCUUUUGUCGUCCGGCGGUAACUCGCCGGACCGUGAUGAACCGUCGUUUAAGUGUUUUUCCGUUUCCGAUUUGAAGAAAAAAGUUAGAGCUGGGCUUGGCAAAAACUGUGACAAAGAAGGUCAAUGGAGGUAUCUGGUUUUGGGUCAGGCGUGUUGCCAUUUAGGCUUAAUGGAAGAUGCCAUGGCGUUGCUACAAACCGGAAAGCGGCUCCGGUCAGCCGCAUUUCGUCGGGAAAGUGUCUGCUGGUCAGACGACAGCUUUUCCUUCUCUGGAGAGAUCUACACAGAUGGGACCCAGCCACCAUCGCCUCCAAGAACAGAGACAGAAAGCAUCUGUCACAUGUUAAGCCACGUCAAGCUUUUAGUCCGUCGUAAAACUGCAGCCAUAGCCGCCUUAGAAGCCGGUCUAUACGCCGAAUCCAUUAGGCAUUUUUCAAAAAUUGUAGAUGGGAGGCGCGGCGCGCCUCAAGGUUUUUUGGCCGAAUGCUAUAUGCACCGGGCCAUCGCUUACCAAUCCUCGGGCCGGAUUGCCGAGGCGAUCGCGGAUUGUAAUCGGACUUUAGCUUUAUAUCCGUCGUGUAUCGAGGCGUUAAGUACUAGAGCUUCGUUGUUUGAAUCCAUUAGGUGUUUCCCUGACUCACUUCAUGAUCUUGAACAUUUGAAAUUAUUGUAUAAUUCGAUUUUAAGAGAUAGGAAGUUGCCCGGGCCGGCUUGGAAACGGCAAAAUGUUCGGUAUCGCGAGAUACCGGGGAAGCUGUGUUCGUUAGGGUCUAAAAGUAAUGAGUUGAAGCAGAGGAUUGCUUCAGGGGAGACAGGGAAUGUAGAUUACUAUUCGUUAAUCGGGUUGAGGCGGGGUUGUUCCAAAUCCGAACUGGAACGAGCCCAUUUGUUGCUUAUGUUACGUCAUAAGCCUGAUAAGUCAAAUAGCUUUAUUGACCGGUGUGAGUUUGCUGACGAGCUCGAUAUAGAUUCUAUUAGGGACCGAGCGAAUAUGUCUGCAUUGUUGCUAUACAGGUUGAUUCAACGAGGUCACACCAAUGUGAUGAAAACCAUUUUAGAAGACGAAACCGCAGAAAAGGAUAGAAAGAUAUCAUCUAUGGCGUUACAAGAUGUAACGCAGUCUCAACAAGUCCAUGAUCAUUACCCCGAACCAAUGAAAACGGAACCAGCAACGGAGGAACACAAUUGUGAAAACAAAAAAUCAGCACCGGUAUAUCAAGGAGUGUUCUGUAGAGACCUUGCGGUCGUUGGGAACUUGUUAUCUCAAGCCGGGUUUAAUCGUCCUAUACCCGUAAAGUACGAGGCUUUGAGCUGUUAGAUGAUCGGAAAACAUGGACGGAGACGGGCACCGGAGAUGAUAUAUAAGAUAAAUAAACGGGGAAGUCAUUUUUGUACAAAUGGGGGUUAAUUUACAAAGGAAAACAAUCCAAAAAAAUUACUUUUUUCUUUAUAAUUACUACUCGUAGCAUAUUACUGUGAUAUUACCUUUUGGUUUCGUACAUGUGCAGUGUUAUUAAUGGAAUUUAAGCUAUAAAAGAUAAGAAAACAAUUGUCAA